AUCAGAGAAAGUGCAACCUUGACCAGAGAUGUACUUGAGCAACACUUUAAUGAUUUAAAAGGGACCCUAAAGAAGCUGUUGGAUGAGCGACUGACUUCACUGCUGCAGGAAGUGGAUGCUAUAGAACAAGAGAGCAUCAAACCCUUGGAUGAAUGCCAGAAGCUAAUAGAGCAUGGAGUCAGUACGGCCAAUGAGCUGCUCCAGGAAGGAGAGAGUGCAGUCCAUGGAGAUGUGGGACAACAGAAUGAGAAACUUUGCAGCUUUACAAAAAAAGCUUUACAUAUUCAGCUAGAUAGCUUACCAGAAGUGCCCUCCUUGGUUGAUGUGCCUUGUUUAUCUGCCCAGUUGGAUGACUGCCUUCUAACUAUAUUGAAAAAUCAAAUAUUCAGACACGGAACUGUGGCAUCUCGCCCACCUGUACAGCUAGAGGAAUUUGUUGAGAAGCCUGGAGGUAUUUUAGUCCGAUGGUGUAAGGUGGAUGAUGACUUUAUACCACAAGAUUACAGACUGCAAUAUCGUAAGAGUACUGCCAGUCACUUUGAGGACGUGUAUGUCGGCUCAGAGACAGAGUUCAUAGUGCUGCACAUCGAUCCUAAUGUUGAUUACCAGUUCCGAGUCUGUGCCCGAGGAGACGGACGGCAGGAGUGGAGUCCCUGGAGUGUUCCUCAGAUUGGCCGUACCACGCUAGUUCCCCACGAAUGGACAGCUGGUUUGGAGGGUUACAGCUUGAGCAGUCGAAGAAACAUAGCACUUCGAAAUGAUUCUCAGUCAUGCGGUGUGCUCUACUCCAAAGCUCCUACUUAUUUCUGUGGGCAGACAUUAACAUUCAGAAUUGAAACCGUGGGACAGCCAGACAGACGAGACAGCCUAGGAGUGUGUGUGGAGCAGCAGAAUGGCUAUGAUUCAUUGCAGCGGGAUAAAGCUGUGUGCAUUAGCACAAACGGGGCAGUAUUUGUAAAUGGAAAAGAGAUGACAAACCAGCUGCCUGCUGUUACUUCUGGAUCGACUGUGACAUUUGACAUGGAAGUUGUGCAGAUAGGGUCUUCCAGCAAUGAGGGAGGAAACUUCAAGCUUCGAGUAACCAUUAGCUCUAACAACAGAGAGGUGGUCUUUGACUGGGUACUUGACCAAUGCUGUGUGUCUUUGUAUUUUGGAUGUUCAUUUUCAUACCCAGGCUGGAAAGUUUUGGUGUUUUAGCAGUGAGUACUGGGAUUUUUGUUCUUGCUAUAAAGUGUAAUGUUCAAACCCGGGUUUCCAGCUGUUUGACACCAACACUGUUAACAACAAAAACCUGUCUUUAUACUACUUGAACUCCAUUAUAUUGUACUUCUACUGGAUUCAUUUAAAAAAAUAAUUGUGAAACAUUGGAUUUGUUACUCUGGAAAAAGUUAGAAACAGGCAUUUGCAUAGGCAAAUUAAUUUAAGCAAUCCAUAAGACCUUUUCCUUUUUUCCUCCAGACUUGAUUUUUGUCAGUAUUUCAUUGUACUCUAGUCUCAGGGUACGCGUGUUGUGUAGAAUUAACUUUGCUUAAUGCUGCUGUUCUGUGAAAUAAGCCUGUAAACGUUUAGGGGGGUGGAGGGGCAGUAACGGACCAAAGUUUUAUUUAUACCACUCAAAAGAGCAAAGUAUUUAGAGCAGUGAUGUCCCGCUAUGCUUCCUUGUACACGAUGCUGCCUUAAUAGUAUGAAUGGAUAGUGGGUUCUGCAUGCACCAGCCCUUUCUUCCAUGCACGGUACUGUUCAUUCCUCCAGAGCCAGGAUGUCUGAGCCAUAAUGUCUGUUUAGAGAUGUAGCCAUGUGUUUCACUUAAGUGCCUUAUUUCCAGAUGUUUCUAGAACUGUUUUCUGUGUUG